AUGAACGAGCAGAUAGAAGAGAAGGCAAGGGGUCUCUUUGCAUUGGCGAGACUCACAGGGAGCUCUUCUUCCACAACCCCUGGUGCCUGCCGAAAGUGUGGCCAAGUUGGGCAUUUGCCGUUUCAAUGUCGCAACUAUCUUUCCCUCAAUGACUCCUCAACAACCAGUAAGAAACCCUCAACGCUAGGAUUGCUUCUUGAAGGCAAAACAGAGAAGUGGCACAAGAACAAAUCUUCGAGAAGGCACAAAGAAAAACGUUCACAUCGUCGAUCGCCUAGUGAUGACUCCUCAUCAGAAGAUCGUAAGCGACGCUAG